AUUUAACCGGGGUAACAACUGUCAACUGAGGGAGGGUAAAGUCUAUGGCAAAGUCUCCUAUUUAGCAAGAUGGGAAGUGUAAACAUCAACCGAAAUUUCUUACAGACUUUAAGACGAAUUUCUAGCGUUUUGGUAAGAGUAUUUCUCAAAUUUUGCGUGAAUUUUAAGGGAAUUUAUUUGUUUAAAAUCUUUGCCACGUUUUCAAUUGUUAGGGGCGACAAUCGCGAAAUGUUUCGUCUACUAGCAUAGAUAACCAGGCGAGUAAAAUUUCUUUGACAUUUACAUUUGAUUUUUGUAUAAAGUGCAUUGCUUUUAACGAUUCCCGUUAGAUUUUGAAGGAGAAAAAAAUCAUUUAGCUUUGUUUUUUUAGGAAAUCGAUCCAGAGAAACAAGUAAGUCAAAUAUGUUACUUUUCUAUGCUACUAUUUGGACGUUAAUAAAUACACUGGGGAUUUAAUAUUAUUACGGUAUUGUUACUGUUGCGAAAUCUGCAUUUAUACCAACAGAUAAUUUGUGUUUUUAGAAAAAAUACUGUAUAUAUAUAUAUAUAUUCGCUCAAAGUACAAAGGGUUGAAUUCGUGUUCAAUAAUUCAUUUGUAGACAAUUGUACGUCUACAAUGCCACGUUGAUAUUUUGGAAUUGAAAUUUAUAAAUUAGACGUUUUACAUGUAAUACGAUCGACUUUUAUCUCUUUGCAUCGCUUUAUUAGAAACGUUUUUAUUGUAAUAUAAAUGCCUACAGAUUCAAUUUAAAGCCGCCUAUCUCGUUACAUAUGGUAAACAAAGCUGGUAUUAGCAUGUAAACAAUUUGUAAUUUGUAAACCAGUUCAAUUUUGUAUCAAAAACAUAUCAAAUACUACAUACAGUAUCCGAAAAUGCAUGUUAUAGUUUGCUACCCAAUAAAUUAUAUAUAUAUAUAUAUAUAUAUAUAUAUAUAUAUAGCAAUGACUUUAUUGAAAAUUUAACCUGUAUUUUCUUUUGGCAACGCAUUGUAAUUAAAUUAGCGAAGACAUUUUGUGUAGCGUUUGGUUUGUCAUGAAUAUACCACCUGAACUGACAAAAUAUUAUCAAUGACAGUUGCUAUGGUUUUGAAUUUGACAGAGUGACUAUAAAAGUUUAAUUAUACAAUGACAUGUGAAUUGGAUGUUUAGUGGAGCAAAUUUUAUUAAACUUUAUACUGCAUAGCUCUAUCAGUUUUAAAUUGUUCUCCCUCUUAUAUUAUUGCCCAAAAGUUUCUCUUAACAAGUAAAAUAAUAAUCGUUAAAUAAUUCAAGUUGUUUAUUUUCAACUCUUAGAUUGAGGAACAGCAGAAACGAAAUGAGGAGGUGGGGCAGUUCACUGAACUUGUCCGAGACUUUUUGGACCCCAAAGAUUUCUAUGACAGUCUUCGUGUGCACGGCAUUGACUUCUAUUGUGGAGUUCCAGAUUCAUUGCUGAAAGACUUCUGUGCAUAUGUAACAGACGUCGCCAAGCCUGACGACCAUGUGAUUACAACUAAUGAAGGAAGUGCUGUUGCACUGGCCUCGGGAUACCAUAUGGCGACACAUAAACCUGCCCUUGUCUAUUUACAGGUACAAAACCCGUUUGGCUAUAGAUUAAUGGCUCUUGUGGUCUUUCACUGCUCAGAAUAACCAUUUAUUUAACAAGGAAACUUCGGAUUGAUAGGAGAACUUUGACGUUUUGAGCGAAGGUCCUUCGUUAGCCCGAUACUAACUUCCCGACGAAGGGCUUUCGCUCAAAAUGUCGAAGUUCUCCUUGUAUUUUUCAGGCAAUUGCAUUCCUAUCAAUCCGAAGCUUUCUUAUUAUUUUGGCGCAACCUACACUGACACAGGUCCUUGAGGCCCACCAAGGGGUUAUGACCGAUAGGCAACAUUCCUUAAAAAGGGAUGACAGACUAACUAAAAAAAAAGCGACAAACGACAGCUUCUGGACUGGGAAAAAGCAACAAAUUGCGAUUUGUGUUAUGAGUCAAAAGUGACAGCGACAUUUAUUACAAUAAACCAAGCAACAAAGCAGCUACAAAACUGGUGACAAGCGACCUAGGUUACACCCUUGGUGGGCCUCAUCCUUGUUAAUGGUCUUUCACAUCUUUUUUUAAAACCUUUUUGCUGGGAUGUAGAAUUCAGGUCUUGGCAACAUUGUCAAUCCAUUGAUGUCGUUGGCCGUCCCAGCUGUCUAUAGCAUACCCAUGUUGCUUUUGGUUGGCUGGAGAGGCGAGCCAGGGAAACGAGACGAGCCCCAACAUUUACACCAAGGACAGGCUACGCCAGGGUUGCUAGGUAAGGUUAUGGUCGCCAAGGUGUGUCCAUCACAAUUCAGAUGUCAGCUGCAAGGAAAGAUUAGCACAUCCUACAUAAUCUACCACCCAGUAUAUUUGCAUCAGAUUUUCAGAUUGAUACAACUACCUGCAAAAUAAUUAUACAAACUUCAAGGGAAGGCCCUUCAUUGUGAACUUCCUGUAUUGGCCUUUUGUGAAUGUUCAGGGUUUGAGCAGUUGAAUAACUUUGCCUCAGUUUGUAUUUGAGAGGAGUACUUCAGGUGUGCUGGUUUCCUCCUGUAGUAACACUGGAUCAAUUGAGAUGGUUCUUACUUGACCUCUAGGGAGAACAGUUUAGAACUGAUAGAGCUAUCCAGUAAAUUAAUCAUUAAUUUGAGGUUUGUUUUUAGUGAACUCUUCACUUUGAGAGUGCAAGAGAGUAAGUUGUCAGUUAGCUUCAAUGAAUUGAAGUUAGGUUUCAUUUUAGAAUAAGUAUAGAUUAAAUUUUGUGUUAUUUUUUAGCCUCUUGUGGCAUUCCAUUUCAAGUUUUACCAGAUUAUCAAGAAGGUGCAGAACAGGUGAGAUGGUGAUGGUGGUAAUGAUGAUGGUGAUAAUGAUGAUGGUAAUGAUGAUGGUGAUAAUGAUGAUGGUGAUAAUGAUGAUGGUAAUGAUGAUGAUGGUGGUAGAUGGUGGUGAUGAUGAUGAUGAUGGUGGUGGUCAUGGUGGUGAUGAUGAUGAUGAUGGUGGUGGUAAUGAUUAUGAUGAUCAUGGUGGAAUAGAUUGAUGAUCAUGAUAGUGGUAAUGAUGAUUAUGUAGAUGAUGGUGGUUAUGAUGAUGAUGGUGGUGAUUGUGCUGGUAAUGUGGUAGACAAUUCUCUCAUUUCCUUUCCAGGCAAUCUACACAGCCAAGAAAUACAUGCAGACAUCCAAAGGACCAUAUUGCUUACUUGUAAAAAGACAGACCUUCCUACCAUACAAAAUACCACCUCCAGAUUCAAGGUUAAUAACUCUACUGGUUAAUAACUCUACUGGUUAAUAACUCCGCUGGUUAAUGACUCUACUGGUUAAUAACUGUAUCGGUCAAAGGUUUCUGCUAGAUCUAAUUUUUUUACAAUUUCCAAAAUAUAUUAUCUAGGUUCGUACUCACUCGCGAAGAAAGUUUGAAAUGCAUUGUGGACAACCUUCACGACAAAGACGUUGUCGUAGCAACCACAGGCAUGUUGUCACGUGAGCUCUUUGAAUACAGAGUGUCGAAAUGUCAAGGUCACGAGAAAGAUUUCUUGUGUGUUGGGAGCAUGGGUCACGCCUCGGCCAUCGCGCUCGGUAUUGCCAAAAAGAAGAGAAAUAGACAGGUGAAUAGAUGACGCCAAUAUGAAAUUUUGUAAAAUGUGAUUGGCCGACACAAAUUUGGAAGUUGAAAAUUUUCAACUUUUAACAAUGAUAUUUUCGCAAAAUUUUCUGUCCGUCGAAAUUUUUCUUGAGUGGAAAUGAGCCUUAAGUUUCACCAGUCCGCAACGAGAGAAUUGAACUCACGAUCUUGGAGGUGAAAUACAAACUGCUCUGACGACUGCCCCACCAAAACCCAUCUGAAAUUUUCACCUUUUACCUUCUAGGUAUUCUGCCUUGAUGGAGACGGUGCUCUUUUGAUGCAGAUGGGAAAUAUGGCGACGAUAGGCCAUCAGAAUCUUCCCAAUUACAAACACAUCGUCAUCAAUAACGGUGCCCAUGAUUCCGUCGGUGCACAGCCAACCGAUGCACAGGAUUUGGAGAAAUUCAACAUCACUGAGCUUGCUAAGGCUUGUGGGUAUAAAAUGGUAAGGAGUGGUCAGGUUAGAGGGUCUGUGAUUGGGUACCAUUCCUCCAGUUAUAGUUGUAUUAUAUAGUUCAGCAUCAGUUGCAUGCGAGAGAGUGUUUUCAUAUUUUAUUUUCAAAAUCCCAGAUUCUUCCCUUGGCCAGUAAGAAAUGGACCUACUAGAGAGAACAGUUCAGAUCUAUCCUGACAUAUUAAUAAAGUUAGUGUAGUUUAGGUUUCCUCUGUAGUAACGCUGGGUCAAUAAGAGAUGAUCUUUACUGGACCUCUAGGGGGAACAGUUUGGAACUGAUAGAGCUAUCCAUUAUAAAUAAAGUUAGUUUAGUUUAGUUUAGGUUUCCUCUUGUAGUAACACUGGGUCAAUAAGAGAUGAUCGUUACUGGACCUCUAGGAAGAACAGUUUAGAACUGAAAGAGCUAUCCAGUAUAAAUAAAGUUAGUUUAGUUCAGGUUUCCUCCUGUAGUAACACUGGAUCAAUAAGAGAUGAUCCUUACUGGACCUCUAGGAAGAACAGUUUAGAACUGAUAGAGCUAUCCAAUAUAAAUAAAGUUAGUUUAGUUUAGGUUUCCUCCUGUAAUAACACUGGAUCAAUAAAAGAUGAUCCUUACUGGACCUCUAGGAAGAACAGUUUAGAACUGAUAGAUCGUAUAAAUAAAGUCUAUCCCGUAUAAAUAAAGUUAGUUUAGCUUGGGUUUCCUCCUGUACUUGGCCUGGAUAACCCUUCUAGGUUGAACAAUUUUUGAGAGCUAUCCAGUAAUGAUUUCAACUUCAACACUAACGUAUAUUCUUAUCUUUUCAGGCAAUACAGGCAGCAACUCCCGAGGAAAUAGCUGCGGGUGUAAUGGCUAUGCGGGAGAACGAAGGUCCAUCCAUGCUUGAGAUUUUAUGCAAUGUUGGUUCAAGAAAAAACCUCGGCAGACCAACCCGAACCCCGACUGAAAACAAAGCUGACUUUAUGCAUUUCCUUGCGAUAGAAAGAUAGUCGUAGAGAUAAACAUUAUAGUGACAUGAAAAAUUAUAUAUGGUCAUAUGGAAAUGUACGAGUGUGUUUUGUGUUUGU